AUGCAGAACCCGUUGAGUCUCUUACUCUCUGUACUAUGGGUCUUUUUGGCACUAGAUGUCCGUGUAAUGGCCCAAGGUAAUUCAUCAGAGGUUCACCAUAAAUAUUUGAAGACAUCAUCACUACUGACAUGUAUGGACAAUUCGGAGUUUUCCGCAACCUACUUUGAUGUUAGAUAUUAUCCAUUCAAUGAAACUUUUGUGUUCAAGAUUGAUGCAAUGACUGCAAUUAGCGGGAAUGUUACUUUAAAAGCAGAAGUUAUAACCUACGGUAUUACUGUUCUACAAAAGGAAUUCGAUCUUUGUUCUUUAAACGAAGCAACGCUUUGCCCGUUAUCCGCAGGUAGGGUCGAUGUAGGAUCUACUUAUCAGUUGAAAAAUAGCGAUCUAACAAAAAAUCUUCCCAACGUUGCAUACACGAUCCCAGAUUUAGAUGCUCAGGUACGUGUUUUGGCAUAUAGAAAAGAUGAUACUUCAAAACCAGUGGCGUGUGUACAGGCGUUUUUGAGUAAUGAUAAAUCUGUACAAACCAAAUAUGCAGCAUGGCCUAUUGCAGCGGUUUCAGGUUUAGGUGUUCUAACGAGUGGAUUUGUUUCUGUUAUCGGGUAUAGUACUACAGCUGCGCAUAUUGCAUCGAACUCAAUUUCAUUAUUCAUCUAUUUCCAAAAUCUAGCGAUUACUGCAAUGAUGGGUGUAUCUAGAGUUCCGCCAAUUGCAGCUGCAUGGACACAAAAUUUUCAAUGGGCGAUGGGUAUUAUCAGGGUAGAUUUCAUGCAAACGAUUUUCAAUUGGUACGUGCAAGCAACAAAGGGUGUAUCAACAGUUGUAUUGAGUAACAAAGAUAUUCUUUCGAUCAGCGUUCAAAAGAGGGACAAAUUUAAAAGAGGUGUGGACUUAGCAUCUUCCGAUGUUUACAAUUUUGAUUCGAUGUUAAAGGACUCUUCAUUAUACACAACAAAUGAAAGAAAUACAACUGAAUAUUCAUCUAAAAUUCUAGUUCUAAGUGGUAUGGAACGUGUUGCAUAUAAGGCGGGUAUCGAACUGUCAAACUUUUUUCUAACUGGUGUUGUCUUUUUCCUCUUCUUCGUAUUUGCCAUGACAGUUGGGAUGUUGUUCUUCAAGGCUCUGUUGGAACUGUUAACUCGUGCAAAGAUAAUGGCGGAAAGUUCAAAUUUCUUCUUGUACAGGAAAAAUUGGGGGAGUAUUAUCAAGGGAACUCUUUUCCGUAUUGCGAUUAUCGCAUUCCCACAAAUCUCGUUACUAAGUAUGUGGGAGUUUACUCAAAGAGAUUCGCCGGCCGUAUUGGUAGAUGCAAUCGUAAUGUUAUUGGUUGUAUCAGGCAUUUUAUUUUAUGGUACAAUGAGAGUUUUUUUCAAGGGUAGAUUAUCACAAAGGUUGUACAAAAAUCCUGCAUACCUGUUAUUUGGUGAUAUUCAUUUCCUAAAUCGAUAUGGUUUCCUGUAUACCCAAUUCCGUGCUGAUACAUAUUGGUGGUUAUUGCCGUUAUUAUUUUACGGAUUUUUGAGAUCCUUAUUUGUUGCCGUGCUACAGAGCCAUGGUAAGACCCAGGCUAUAAUCGUUUUCGUCAUCGAAUUAGUUUAUUUCAUUUCACUCUGUUGGAUAAGACCAUAUUUGGAUAAGAGAACCAAUAUUUUUAACAUCGCAAUCCAUCUGGUUACUUUGAUAAACGCGCUAUUCUUUUUAUUCUUCAGUAACCUUUUCAAACAACCCGCAAUUGUAUCCUCGGUAAUGGCAAUCAUUUUAUUUGUAUUGAAUGCCGUAUUUGCCCUUUUCCUACUACUAUUCACAUUGGUUACUUGUACUUUAGCAUUAUUGCGCAAGAAUCCAGAUGCUCGUUACCAACCACUAAAGGACGAUCGUGUUUCAUUUAUACCCAAAAUCCAAGGUCCAAACGGUAGUAGCAUCUUAUUGGACGGUAGAAACGACUCCGAUAGCGAAUUGUUUGAACUAAGGAAAGCCGCUAUGGAUACAAACGAAACAGAACAAGAGAAAAACUUAAGACAAGACACAUUCAACAAUAACAAAUUGAGUAGUAGAAUAAUAUUUGACGAUGAAUUGAGCACGCAUUCAUCAUCGUCUCCAGCAUAUUUUUCAAACAGAAAUAGAUCCGCAAGUGAUCUACCUCCAGAGCCAGUGCAACCAAACUCUGCUGUUAUGGGAUUUGAUUCAGCCCCGUCAUCCUCGUCACACCCCAGAGUGUUAACGACAGGCGCACAUGCCAACGCUAGUGCGAACAAUUUGUUGAAACCAGAGACAUCUUUUUAUACACAUCCUCAUCACUCGAGUUCGAAUCCUUAUCUGUGA